AUGAGAUGCCGCCGCCUCUGUGAAAAGAAAGCGUCAGGGCGCCUGCAGGUCAGCCCAGAGAUCCACGAGCAGUGGACCAGAGGGUGCAGGGAUGAGCUCUGCCUUGCCUUGGUGAAUGCCUUGAAGAUCCAUGGCAUGGAUGACAACAAGAAGACUCGAGAACUUGUGAGGGCAGAGUUCACCCAGCAAAUGAUCUAUGUGAAGGAGCGCCUAAAGGAGAGGGAGGAGGAAAUCGAAGGGGGUUGGUACACAGAGGAAAGGAUGGCAUCAGAACUGAAAUACAUCCGCAAGUGGAAGUACGAUGAGAGUGUGCCCGAGUACUUUGUGCAAACGCAUGACAAGGUCACAGUCAAGCGGAAGGAUCUCGAGAAGGCGCAGUGGACAGAAGACAUGGAGCCAGACGAGGAGAUGCCUGAGUUUGAGAUGAUGCAGUUGGAACCAAGCGCGACAAAGGAAGCACCAAGCGCACUGCAAGCCAUGGCUUCUGCCAAUUUGCACAAGUUCAUUGAAGCUUUUCACCAGAAAGCCUCGAACCUGACCUCUUGGAUUACCUCUUUGGAGGUGUUCAAGCUCGUUCUUUUGGGCACAUCCUGCAUGAACCGUGCCUUGCGUCUUCUGUACCAUGGUGGUGCCUGGCUACACAGGCUAGAAGCUGCUGAGAUCUCUUCGCUUGGGCUCACAUUCCUGCGUGUGUAUGUCAAGCUUGCCCAGAUCUGCCUUGCUGCAAAAGAGCCUCGAUUUCCUGUUCACAGCAAGCAUCACAUGCUGUUCCACACUUUCCACCUGAUGAAGUGUUGGGCAGCCAAAGUUGAGUGGCAAGAGAACCCAUUGGCAGACAGUUGUCAGCAAGAUGAGGCCUUUGUUGGUGUUCUUUCACGCUACUCAAGGCGUGUCUCGCCAAAGGCGACCAUUGAAAGAACUUUGGACGUCUACUUCACUAGUUUAAAGAAGCACCUGCGGGGAGAGGAGUGA